GUUUAUGGCGCCGGCGGGAGCGCCACUGCGCGUCUUGGAGUUCUACAGCGGCAUUGGUGGCCUGCGAUUCUCACUCGAGGAGGCCAAGAUCGAUGCCACGGUCGUGGAGGCGUUCGAGAUAAACGAGCUCGCCAACGAUGUGUACGAGCGGAAUUUCGGCCAUCGCCCUAAUCAGGGAAAUAUCCAAAGGCUUUCCGUCAGCGAUCUAGACAAAUACGAGGCCGACGCAUGGCUGCUCUCUCCGCCGUGUCAGCCUUACACUCGACAAGGGCUACAGAAGGAUUCUGCCGACGCUAGAGCUUCGUCCUUUCUCAAGCUUUUGGACACGAUCUCUUCGCUGUCGAUUCCUCCGGCGCAUGUUUUUAUUGAAAACGUUGUUGGAUUUGAGACUUCGCAUACACGAAGUCAGCUGAUUAAAGUGCUCGAAGACACCGGUUUUAGAAUACAAGAGUGUAUUAUCAAUCCGCUCCAGUUUGGGAUUCCAUAUUCUCGGCCCCGUUACUUCUGCCUGGCCAAGCGUGAACCUUUCCAGUUUUCACGUUCCGACUUAAACGGGCAACUUGUUUCCUGCCCUUUCGAUUUUUCCACCAACAGGGACUUCCAUGUUGAAACUAAAACUGUCGGCGAGUACCUGGAAAAUCCUUCCGACUGCAUGGAAGACUAUAUGGUCCCGUCCACUACAAUUGCAAGAUGGGGAGAAGCUUAUGAUAUUGUUACACCCGAUUCCGGAAGAUGUUGCUGCUUUACAAAGAGCUAUGCACGAUAUGCCAAAGGCACUGGUUCCAUUUUAGUCACAAAUCCAUCCUUUUACAAGUAUUUUAGCAAGGACCCGGCUGAACUCAGUGACCUGGCAUGGUUGCAGUCUGCUGGCUUACGCUAUUUCACACCACGCGAGGUUGCAAAUUUCCAUUCUUUUCCAAAGGGAUUCGACUUUCCUGAUCACUUAUCUAUCAAACAACGAUAUGCUCUUCUUGGAAACAGCCUCAACAUCAAAGUCGUGGGAUACUUGUUAAACUACCUUUUUUCUACGUAACGCUGGCGUAGCCAUCGAAGCCCUGGUCCAAACCAAAGCCGUGGUUUUCUUUUCCUUCUCGUCUCACGAUAUUUCGUACGAACAUACGAAGGGGAGAUUUGGUCUGGGAGGCGUUUCUUACAUCUUCGAGCAAGUUUGCGAUGGCGGUCAAAGUUUAC